ACACUGGUAGGGUGGAGCACACUAAACACAUUUGUAUAUGUGCAUGAGUGUGCAGGGCAUGGCUGAGUCAACCUGCCAUAGGUAAAUAAAUUGGCUUUUCAUUCUGGUUCAAGAUACAACAUGUGCACAAGGAAAGGUGAGAAGUAGAGAGAUGGCUAGCCUGUCUUUUCUGGCAAACAUAUGUAAUAAGGCAAACUUGACUUUGGGUCAGUGUGUGCGAAUAAAUGUGUGUGUCUGUAUCUAUGGGGACGUUUGUCAUUAUUUCUCAUGGAGCCACACCCCUAACAUAUUUUUGUUCCCAUUUAUGCACAGUUCAUAAUCUGCCUUGUAUCAUAAACACCGUCUUUUUGAUCCCUGUGGUCACGGAAUUCAAGUCAUCAAAGAAAGCAUCUCAGUGAAAAUCAUUGGGCUGGCCAUUUGGGAAUGAUCAAACAUUUCAAGUAAUUUGAGGAACUGUAGUCAACAUGAUAAAAUACUUGAGAUUCCACACAAAGUCGAACAGUCUAAGGACAUGUUUCCUUUGGCAUGGCUCCAAGAAGAAUGGCCAGAAGGAAGGGCUGGAACAAACAUGUGCUUUCUAGACACAGGGAUCAAUAGAUGUCUUAUCCAGAAGAAAGUCAUUAUGGUGGUGAUGGUGGUGGGCACGCUGUGGAGCAGCAGCUGAUGACAGGAACAUGUCAGACACAGAUGCCUGGCAGAGACAUGGAGCUGUGUGUUGCUCUGCAUCCUCCCGCUGGGUUACAUCUUUGACCUUGUCUCCUGGAGGUGGCCUAUGUGAGCUGUACUGCAGCGAUCAAGCGGCCAGGCAGGCAGAUGGAUCAACAGAUUGGGUGGUGCUGCCCAUGACAGAUUGCCAAAUCGAGGGGGGUUGGAUGAGCCAGAGAUGUCGGCCGUGGUGCAGCAGACGCCCAAGUUGCGGGUCAGCGAGGUCUGGGCACUCUACGGAGGGGAGCUGGAAUACUGCCUGGGUGGCGAGGACGGAGAGGAGCAGGAAGCAGAGUACUUUGAUCGGCAUUCUGAGUGCAGUGAUGGGCAAGCCUCUGUCGGUGAGCACCACACUCCAUCUGCCCCAUGUGAGUAUGAGCUGGUCAGUCGGCACGCACAGGGUCUGGCCUGCCUCUCCAACCAAGACUACUACUCUCAGCUGGAGGCCCUGAAGAGAAUGCACCUGCAGAACAUAGCCGAACUGGAGGUCCUGUACCUGAAUGAGCUGACGGCCAGCAAGGGCAAAGCGUCUCAGGGGACACAGGUGGACGAUAAGGAUGAGAUGGACAGUGCUCAGGAAGAGAAUGAGUCUUUGCCAGCUGGGCGAGAGACCAGCACGAUCUCCAAACAGGACUUAAAGCUUGAGCAGAAGUCGGUCAGUGAGACAGACACACCUGGGAGCCAGGGGAUGGAGGGAGAGCAGAAGAAGAGGGAGGAGGAGGAGAAGGAGGAGAGAGCCAGCGGACAGAGCAGCGCAGAUGCCACCAAUGAGGCUCAGAGUUUAAAGCCUCCGGUGCAACUGGAGCCCUCGGUCGUCUCUAAGGCAACUCGUGCUGCCUCAAAGGACCGUUCGAGGGCUCCCAGCAGACGAUCCUCGUGGACGGAGCGUUCCGGAAGGCGUGCCAGCAGGCCAGUGACGGUACCCAAACCGUUCCAGAUGAUGCUCCGCGAGGCUGACAAGAAGCGGCGCAACGUGAAGACACGCUCGGAGGUGGUGCUGGAGAACGCGCUGCUGCGCCGCGAGCUGGAGGAGAUGCGCGAGUGCCGGCGGCAGUUCCGCGCCACACCCGCCCCGCCGCGCUCUCGCAGUGUCGGCCGCAGUGCCGCAGGGCGCAGGGGCCGAACGACCUCUCUGGACCGCGUCUCCGAAUCGAGCGCUGGCGGCAGCAGCAGCGCCAGUGGCAGGAGCCGCAACACCUCGCCGCAGCCCUUCAGCUUCAUCGAGCGCGAGCGCAAGAAGAGGGAGCGCAAGCUGGAGGAGGCGCUCCGCAGCGGCGCGGGCUCCCGCGAGGAGCGCUGGGUCUUCAAGGCGCGGCCCCUGCCCCGCAUCUACCGGGCCUGCUCCGAGGACUACCAGCUGCUCGGGGCAGUGGAGAUGCACAGCAGAGACCAGGAGCAGCAGCAGCAGCAGCAGCAGCACCGUGGGCCUCCGGCCAGCAGAGGGCUCCAAAAGCAUGCAGGGAGAGUGCUGGAGAGGGAGAAAGGGAGCAUGGAAGUGGAUGUGGACACGGAGACAUCUGAGGAGAAACCAGAGGGCCGAGAAGACGAAGCGGAGUCCGUGGACGGACCGGAGAGGCCGAUACUAGACAACGCCAACUGGACGCUGAGAAGGAAGCCGUCGCUGGUGGGUAAGGGACUGCAGCUGGAGGGGGAGACCGGCAGGGGAGUGCGGAGGGGCAGGGAGAGGGAGUGGUCCUACAUCCAGCCCAUCCAGCGCACCUGCAUCAGCCUGAACCUGGCCUCCUCCUUCUCCGUCAGCCACGAGCGGAUGCUGGCUGGCAAGAGCCACUACAUCAGUGUGUGA